GACCCCGCCGGGGCCGAGGCUUCCAGCGGGCGGCCAGGGCCCGGCUUCGGCCUGCUCGCCAUGUCCUCGGCCCGAGACGCCAGCGACCACUUCCCCCUCCACCUUCUGGUCUGGAACAACGACUACCGGCAGCUGGAGAAGGAGCUGCGGGGCCAGAAUGUGGAGGCUCUGGAUCCACGAGGGCGAACCUUGCUGCACCUUGCUGUUUCUUUGGGACACCUGGAGUCUGCGCGAGUCCUGCUCCGACACAAAGCGGAUGUGACCAAAGAAAACCGCCAGGGCUGGACAGUUUUACACGAGGCUGUGAGCACGGGCGACCCCGAGAUGGUGUACACGGUCCUCCAACACCGAGACUACCACAACACAUCCAUGGCCCUCGAGGGAGUUCCCGAGCUGCUGCACAAGAUCCUCGAGGCUCCGGAUUUCUACGUGCAGAUGAAGUGGGAGUUCACCAGCUGGGUGCCCUUGGUCUCCAGGAUAUGCCCGAAUGACGUCUGUCGCAUUUGGAAAAGUGGGGCCAAGCUGCGCGUCGAUAUCACGCUGCUGGGCUUUGAGAACAUGAGCUGGAUAAGAGGGAGGCGCAGCUUUAUAUUUAAGGGAGAAGACAACUGGGCCGAGCUGAUGGAGGUCAACCACGAUGACAAAGUGGUCACCACCGAGCACUUCGACCUUUCCCAGGAAAUGGAGCGCCUCACUCUGGACCUCAUGAAGCCGAAGAGCAGGGAAGUUGAGAGGCGGCUCACCAGCCCCGUCAUUAAUACCAGCCUCGAUACUAAAAAUAUCGCUUUCGAAAGAACUAAAUCCGGAUUCUGGGGCUGGAGGACAGAUAAAGCAGAAGUUGUUAAUGGUUACGAAGCAAAGGUUUACACAGUAAACAAUGUGAGUGUGAUAACCAAAAUCCGCACAGAACACCUGACGGAGGAGGAAAAGAAGCGAUACAAAGCGGACAGGAACCCUCUGGAAUCCCUGCUGGGAACAGUGGAACACCAGUUUGGUGCACAAGGGGACCUCACCACGGAAUGUGCCACCGCCAACAACCCCACGGCCAUCACACCCGACGAGUACUUUGACGAAGAGUUCGAUCUGAAAGACAGGGACAUCGGAAGGCCGAAAGAGCUGACCAUUAGGACACAAAAGUUCAAGGCGACACUGUGGAUGUGCGAGGAGUUCCCCCUCUCCCUCGUGCAGCAGGUCAUCCCCAUCAUCGACCUGAUGGCUCGGACAAGCGCUCACUUCGCAAGACUGAGAGAUUUCAUCAAACUGGAAUUCCCCCCUGGAUUUCCCGUCAAAAUAGAAAUCCCCUUGUUCCACGUCUUAAACGCACGGAUCACGUUUGGCAACGUGAACGGCUGCAGCACUGCCGAAGAAUCUGCCUCUCAGAGCGUGGAAGGAGCCCAGGCCGACCCAGCUUCCUCGGGCACCAACUUCGAGGUUGACCAGUCUGUGUUUGAAAUUCCCGAAUCUUACCACGUUCAGGACAACGGCAGGAAUAUGCACGUGCAGGAUGAAGACUAUGAGAUAAUGCAGUUUGCCAUCCAGCAGAGCCUGCUGGAGUCCAGCCGGAGCCAGGAAUUUUCAGGACCAGCAUCGAACGGAGGGAUCAGCCCGACACAUGCCUACGAUGCCCAGUACGAGAGGGCCAUCCAGGAGAGCCUGCUCACCAGCGCGGAAGGCCUGUGUUCCGGCAGCCCGGGCGAGAGCAGCCGCUUUGACAGCGACUUGCAGCUGGCCAUGGAGCUGUCUGCCAAGGAGCUGGAGGAGCGGGAGCUGCGGCUUCAGGAGGAGGAGGCCGAGCUCCAGCAGGUCCUGCAGCUGUCGCUCACCGACAAGUAGCCCCUCCUGCCCACGGGCCGCACAGAGCAGAGGCUCUGGGCUGGGUGCAGCCGCUUCUUUCUGCAGAGGUGCAGGGCCUGGGCCCCCAGGCCCACCCUAGCCGAUCCCCAGAGUGGAGAGGGGGUGAGGGGAGGACCUGGGUUGGCUCGCAGGUCACGUUCUUACUACCAGCUUCCGACAAAACCUCCCUCCCCCCGCAGGUUUGUAGGUUGUUCUUAGGAAGGCGUGGUAACAGCGUCACUACAGUCAGGGUGCUUUGACAGACAGCGGCACCGCCUUUGCAGAGUGUGGUUUAUGAGAGUUUGAGACACUUCUUUACCGUUCACCAAAGAAAUGGGUUGUGCCGAUCUCCUCUUUAUUUUUACCUUUAUACAGGGUUUUUAGGACAUUCCCAUUAUAUUUCUCCAUCUCACUCCACUCCUUCCACUCCCACCCAGCUAACGUUAGAGGAGAGAUGUACAGGAUCUAUUUUAGAUUAUGGGUAACUAUUUGCAUCAAAUGAAGAUAUACAGAUGACCACGGAUGUUGCCUUAGCCUUUAAAAUUACUAAUGGUUUCAAACCACCUCAACUCCACUUACUGAGGAUCGGUCUGAUUUGAAUUUGUAAAGGCAAUUCCUUGGAGAGCAGGAGCCCCCAGGCAACAUCAAAGGCAGCUAAUCCUGUCCCUGAAGGAGCAGCUAGGGGCACCUGAGGCUUGCAGGCUGGCCAGAACGCCCACGGAGGGAAGCCACGGGUGUGCAGGCGGCACCUGCCAGAGGGAGGGCUGGGUGUGCAGAUGGAAGGGGAGCUCCGAGUGCAGCUCCGUGCUCUUCACUCAAAAGGGAAAAGGAUGACUCCAUGUUGCUUUUUAGAGUUCAAAUCAACAUCUUUCCGGAUAAAUAUAUUUUUUAACAGAAUGUUUUUAUUAUUUUUAAGAUAUAAAAAUGACUACUCCCAUCAGUAGCAAUACAAGGUUAUACAUUUUAACCAGAUCUUCUCAGGCAUUUUUUGGAUACCUUUAGUAGCUCACUAUUUUGUGUAACCCUCCUGUAAAUAACUACCACCCAACACGCAGGGCCCUGGGGACGUGGCUGCGGCCCCUCCCUCUGCGCUGAAGUCACCUGGGAAGCAAAAUCUCCUGUUUUGCGUCCGUUUCCUCUGCUGAGCUUCUCUCGGGCCAGGAAGAGAAACCCUAUAAAGGGCCGUUCCAGUUACCGUCGGUAUCAUACAGUUAGUGUUGCCAGUAAGACGUCCUGGACGUAGACUGUGCCCUUAAUUCUACUGAACCGCCUGCCUCUGGUCACGGUCUGACCAGGGCCCCUUCCCCGCGCAGGAGGCCAGUCCAGGCAACAGCCCUGUGUUGCCAACACGCAGCGUGCGUUUUGUUUACUUGGCGUUCACGGGGAGCGAAGACCCUUCUUGGGAAGGGCCGCAGUUAGGCCAGGUCAUCUGCUCACCUGUGUGCGUCGUAGGUGACGUCUGUGUUUGCAUUCCAUGGCUCUGCUUCCCCAGGAAGAUACUUACAAGGGGACCGAGCCCCGUGUCAACUCAUUGCAACGUUUUUCAUGUAUGUGUUCACUCUUAAAAUGCAAAUAAAGACUGCUUCCUCAGAGGGUGCUCCUACACUAUGUACGCAG